CUUGAAACUUUGGCACUAGAUCAGAUCACUAAGAAUGUGAGUUGGCCCGCUAUCUGUUUGGACGUGGAAUCAUCUAACUUGGAAAGCGUGUGUGUGGUGUGGCAGUGUGGUGCCUAGUAGUAGUAGUAGUAGUAGUAGCAGUAGUAGAUCUUGUGUAAAUCUGUGUAGAAGAGAGACGACAACACUUUUAGAUCUUGCCAACGUUUUAACAAAGAUUCUGUUAGCCUAUGUGCAAUCUUUGGUUUUAAAGACACAACAUCGAACAUGGAUGAAAUUGAUGACAGUGUGUACAUUGAGUUUUUUAAAGCCCACCCAUGUUUGUGGAAUCCGUUAGAUCCUGGAUAUUUGAAAGAUGAUCUGAGGCGGAAUGCACUUCAAAGAAUUCUUAUACAAACGAAAAGUCCGGUUACAGACAAUAAUGUUUCUGCCUUGAAGAAAAGGUUCAGCUCUUGGAUUACUGGGUACACAAACGAGCUCAAGAAAGUGAACCAGGAUCCUUUAAAAGCAUACACGCCUGCAUGGGACAAAUAUAACAGUUUGGAUGCGUUUUUAAACCCUCUUUUAAUUUUACAACGGAAGAUCCCAACACGUCCAGCCAACAGCAAGGUAACUGCAAAACGUUCCCGACCCAGCCAAGGUGCGUCUCAUUCUUCAUCGGACAGAAAAACGCCCCGGAAAAAGAAGAAACUGAAUCCCAGUACGGCAGCAACCCCGGAAACUGUAUAUGCACGCUUUGGACAAUAUAUUGCCACUACUCUUGACGUGUUUAAUCACGAUGACGCCGCCACAGCUGUAGAAGAAAUUCAAGCGGUUAUUGCCAAAUAUGUGAUGAAGGGAUGACCCCUCACAGUGGCAGACUACUGCUUCUAUCAGUUGGCAGUCACAACAUACUAAUAGAGCUUUUUUACAUUGUACCUGCUUAACAAGAUUUACAACAGAGAUGUGAUCGCAUUCAUGAAAGUAGAUUGUAGUCUUCACAAAAAGUUCAGGACCACUUGCAAAAGUGCGCUGAAAAUAAAAACCAAGGAAUCAAAUUAACCCUUCUUUGCCAUGCAUUUAAUUCAUCAAUCCAUAAGUGCAAAAAAGAAAUUUCAUCUCAAUCGAAACCGAAAUGCGUAAUUCUCAGAGCUCAAAAGGGACACACCCUCAAAAUCGAAAGUCACAAAAGAAAGGAUCUCAAAAAGUCUCAGCAAAAUAAAAAAAAA